GAUUUUCUAGGAACGUUUUGUUUAGUUUUGCGUAAAGAUGAUUACACUGUCUAGUGAGAAAAAUUAGAAGGAUUAAUGUUCAGGGUAUUUCAUCUCCAAAAAGUCCAGCAUAAGAUGGAGCUCUCGCUUUGAGAUUUCUGUUAAGAUUUUACAUGUUUAUCUAUUGACACGCACAGAAACUUCAAUUAAAAAAAUGCCGCCGAAGAAAGCGCCGGCACCGAGCAAAAAAGCCGAACAGAAAAAAAAAGAAAAAGUCAUCGAGGACAAAACGUUCGGUAUAAAAAACAAAAAAGGUGCCAAGCAGCAGAAGUUUAUUCAGCAAGUGGAAAAACAAGUAAAGUCAGGGGGAGUAAAUCCACGCAAACUCGAAGAUCCUAAUGCCAAAAAGUUGGAAAAAGAGAAGAAGUUGAAGGAACAAAAAGAACUAGCACUUAUUUUUAAACCUGUUCAAACACAAAAGAUAGAUAAAGGUAUAGAUCCCAAAUCUGUUGUGUGUGCUUUUUUCAAGCAGGGGCAAUGUACAAAGGGAGAUAAGUGUAAAUUCUCUCAUGACUUGAGCAUCGAAAGAAAAGCUGAAAAGCGUUCUUUAUAUUGUGAUAUGAGAGAUGAUGAUGACAAAGAGAUGGAUACAAUGGAUAAGUGGGAUGAGGAUAAACUGAAAGAAGUAGUAGAGAAAAAACAUGGUAGUGGUAAUCGUCCAACUACCGAUAUUAUCUGCAAACAUUUCUUAGAAGCAGUGGAGAAGGCAAAGUAUGGUUGGUUUUGGGAAUGUCCAUCUGGUCAAAAAUGCAUUUAUAGGCAUGCUUUACCUCCUGGAUUUGUUUUGAAAAAAGAUAAAAAGAAAGAAGAAAAAAAAGAUGAAAUUUCCUUAGAAGAUUUAAUCGAAAAGGAAAGAGCUAACUUGGGACCUAAUCAGACUAAGAUAACACUGGAGACAUUCUUGGCUUGGAAAAAGAGAAAGGUAAAAGAAAAACAGGAGCAAGCAAUUAAAGAUGAAGAGAAGAAAAGAAACGAUUAUAAAGCUGGUCGUCAAGUUGGCAUAUCCGGAAGAGAAAUGUUUUACUUCAAUCCAGAUCUCGCGACAGGAGAUGGUAUCGAUGAAGGUGAUGAAGCGAUAUCUAGUUAUGCUCGUGAAGAGGAUGAUUUUGAAGAUGUAGAAUAUAGAGAACUUGACACGGAACGUCUCGCAUUUGAAGUUAGUGAGACUGAUACUAAAGGUAUCACCGUGGCCGCUGUAGAUCGGUUAAAGGCAAACGAAGUUGAUGAUAAAAACAGUGAAGAUACUACAGUAACUAUAGAAGAUGGUGCUGCAGCAGUAACCAUUAAUGAAAAUCUAUUCGUGGAGGAGGAUCUGGAAGGUUUGGAAGAAGAAUUGGGGGACCUGGAUUUGGAGGAGUGAUCCAGAUGUCCCAAUCGUUUCUCCUCUCCACACCACACCGUUCCACGUCUUAUCAGUCUUUUAAUAUCUAUCGCUCAGAUCAUUAGUCUCAAAUGUGAUGCAAUGUAUAAUAAUCUUGAUAAUGUCCAUAUAAAUAAUGCCAUUAUACGUAUACAUAUACACACACACAUGUAUUCGAACAAGUGAGUGUGUAUUAAAUUUUUUCUUUAUUUAUUUAAAUAUACGCGCGCACAAAAAUGCAACGGUGAAAACGCCAUCUACUAGCGAACUACUAUUCGUACUGUCAGAAGUGGCAUCUUUCCACCUUUGACUACGUAACUUCUCUUUGGUGCAAGGAUUGCAUUUUCAUGCUGUAAUGAAAAUUGACAACGCCUUCGUCGCCUAAGUAACCAAAAAAUGAGGCAGCGAUAAUAUAAGAGAGACAAAAUAAGUAAUUCAUCUUUAGGCAUCAAUUGCGCUAGAUUUAUCAAAAUAAAGAUUAUUUUGGCCACAUCAGUAAUAAAUUUCUGUAAGAACCCGAGUUCCAAAAAGUAACAUUAUAUGUUAAAUAGAUACACGAUGAAAUGUUUACUUGACACGAAAAAAGAUCUCGAAUGUCUCUAGUUAAUAUUAAAAAAAAAACCAUUGCAACAAAAAAACAU